ACCAUACAUUUUGUUAUUCUCUCAUUUCUCUCCUCUCACAACAAGAAAGAAAAGCCAACAUAUUCUCUCCCAUCAUCAACAGUAACGUCGAUCAUCACCUGACCGGUCGAGACGACACGUCGACUAUGGCGCGCCGUCUCUUCACCUGUUUUGGCAAAGGCUCCUCGCAUCAUAAGCGAGAAAUUUCGUACGAAAAUACCACGUCGGAUAUGACGGUGGAGGAGCAGCGGAGAGGCGGACCGGUGGUGGUGGAGCUCUUUUCAUCACAGGGCUGUGCUACCUCUCCAGAGGCGGAGCUGCUCUUCUCACGGCUAGGGAGAGGUGAUUUCAACCUUGGGGUGCCGGUGAUAUUGUUGGCUUACCAUGUUGAUUAUUGGGAUUAUAUGGGCUGGAAGGACCCUUUUGGGUCGAGCCAAUGGACUGUGAGGCAAAAGGCCUACGUUGAGGCCCUGAACCUUGAUACAAUGUUCACACCCCAAAUUGUGGUCCAGGGUCGGGCCCAAUGUGUUGGUAAUGAUCAGGAUGCUUUGUUAUCCUGCAUCGCGUCGGCACCGCGAGUUCCUGCUCCCUCGUUCCAGGCGACAUUUCAAAGGCCUACGCCCGAGUCCUUGCAAGUGUCCCUAAAAGGAGCUCUAAGCGCUAAGGGGGAUCAACAAGGUAACAACGUCAUGGUUGCACUAUACCAUAGCGGUUUAGUUACAAAUUGUCCAAAGGGAGUGAACAAAGAUCGCGUCUUAGCCAAUGACUUUGUUGUAAGGGGGCUCCAAAAACUCUGCGCAGUCAAAGAUAUCUCCACCAAGAAACCUAUUUCUGUUAAUUUUUCUGUGUGGGAAGGUUUCAAUAGCAGCAAAUGUGGUAUCGCGGUUUUUGUAGAAACGAGAUCUCAUCAAAUAUUGGGUUCGCAGAAUUUUCAGUUGCCGGAUAAUGUAUGAAGAUUUAAUUGAAUAGAAUUUUGACGAAGCUUCCUAACUGUCGUGUAUAGGAUAUGUUGAAGGUUAGAUGAGUUUACAUUUCUAUUUUUGAUUGUUGUUUGGUUUUGUAUUUGAUUGAAGAUUAUGAGAUGAGUGAUGUUAGUACUAUGAAAAGUCUGUUUCGAAAUUUGGGAUUUUUGAACUUGCAUAUGAUGUUGAUUCCUCA